AUGAGCGCCCAGAUACCCGAGACACAGCAAGCAUGGAUGGUGAUGAGGAAGGGUGAGCCUAAGGAUGCAUUGGAGAUAAAGACUAUUGCUGUUCCAAAGCCCGGUCCUGGACAAGUUCUCCUCAAAGUGGAAGCGGCGGCUUUGAACCCGAUUGGAUACAAAAUAAUGCGAAACAUUCCAAACCUCUUCGUCUCCCGUCCUCAUAUCGCUGAGAAGGAUCUCGCCGGAACAGUUGUCUCCACGAACAACUCUACGCGGUUCAAACCAGGAGAUAAGGUCAUUGGAUUCCUAGCCCGAGUUGGGAAGGAUACGGGUGCGUUGGCACAGUACAUUGUCGCCGAGGAGGGAAAUUUGGCGAUUAGGCCCGAUACUUUGAGUGUGGAGGAAGGAGCGGGACUGCCGCUGGUUGCAUGUACAUCUUGGAUCUGUAUUUUUGAGAUCGGAAAGGUCGAGGAAGGUCAACACGUUUUUGUUAAUGGAGGCAACUCGUCUGUUGGUAUAACGGCGAUACAGAUGUUGAAGGCUCACGGAUGCAAAGUCUCAACGAGCUGUUCCACCAAGAACAUCGACCUUGUUAAAAAAUUUGGGGCAGAUGUCGUCUACGAUUAUACCACGUCUCCCCUCCCCUCCCAACUAUCUACUAUUAACCCCCCAACACCCAAAUUCCACUUUAUUAUAGACGCGGUGGGCAGCUGGCCGCUAUACUACGAUUCUGAAUCGUACCUCGCUCCAGGUGGGUUGUUUAUUUCUCCGGGAUCGGGUUUAUGGGGUUGGAGCGAUUUCGGGAGGGAAUCAUGGGGCUUUUGGAAUGCUUUCUUCAGGCCGACUUGGAUGGGGGGCGUCAGAAGGAACAGACCACCCUAUGCCAUCCCUAAUGGCGAGCGAAUGGAUGGAAUUGCGGACUUGGCAACGCAAGGCAAGCUUACCGUCCCGAUCGAUUCUGUGUUCGAAUGGGAAGACGUGUUGAAAGCGUAUGAUCGCCUCGUGUCGAAAAGAGCGGCGGGGAAGAUUGUCGUGAAGAUCCCCGCCUAA